GCCGAGCUGAUAUUAGCUGGAGCGCGAUUUACGCCGCAUCCAACGAAAAGAGAUGCUACAUUGACCGAUGUGGUGAUGCAGGUCGAUCUCAAAGGACACAUUCCUAAAUUCAUAGUGAAUAGGGUUAUGGGCAAAAUCAUGCUUAUGGAUACCGAAGAAAACCGGCGUCAUUUUCAGGAUUUAAAAGAUGCGCGUAGUCGCCUUGUCAGCUAG